AUGUCCGAGCUCACUAGGCUGUUUUGUGAAUUAAAAACGCAUUUUCGGCUCAAUCUUAACUGGGUUGAUGUGGAGCAGUGGCUUUAUGGUGAUGGGGAGGAAUGCAGCAAUGAAGUGUGGCAGCAGCGCGCCCAAAAUUUUUGGUCUCUGAUUAACAAUCGGGAGGAGGAACAGCUGCAGACUCUCCGCGAAUUAGCGAGCGUUAUACGCUCUAUGCGUACGGAAGAUCAACCAGGCUACGACAACACCUACGACAAUUGGGCGAACAUAAUUAAUGCUGCUCCUGCAAAUGCGUAUUUGGCCUAUAUAUAUGCGGUUUCUUGUCUUGCCAAUCCGUUGCCCGAGCAUGUGCGUCAAGCAGCGCCCGCUUUAAAACUGAAUUGGCACACAAAUGUACAAUUGUCGCUGAAUGCAAUUAGCACGUAUUUUCUCACGCUCACUAUACCAGGCGCGAAAACCUAUGGAGUUUUCGAAGAAGACGUGAUUGAACACUGCUUGAAGGUUUUUAAAUUGCUAGAGCAAAAUGUAGACCGUGAGGUGUUCGCUAAUUCGCUGUGGAUGAAUUUUCUAACAAUCUGUGAUGAUCUGAAACUGCUUUUCCGUUAUGUUCACUUCAAGGAGCACAUUAAAGCCCGGGAUAAAAUUGUGCGUUGCCUCAUGGAAAUUUUAUAUAUGAACUUCAAGUCGGGCUAUGUAAACAAAUGUGCGCCUGCUUUACACACCAAGUGCUUUGAAGUUUUUGAUGAAAUUGCCAACGAACACAAUGGUGAUGUAUAUAAUACACUAUUACUGAUAUUACAGCAGACUUUCCCAAUGCACAUUUACGGCGAAUGCCCGAAGGGAGGAAAUCGAAACGGGCAAAGCAUCGAACACAUCUCCGCUUGGUUCAUAAAACUCUUGGAUAAGUACCCUGAGAUAAUGGCAAAGAUACUAAAUUUGUACAUUGAAACCGUAAUUUCGAAUCCCAUCAAAGCUUGGAAGCCCGCUGAUGAAAAAAUAGCUAUUGGCUAUGCGGCUAAGUACGACGCAGCGCUUUAUGGAAAAUGUAACAAAUCCUGUGCGGACUAUGUGAUGGAAGCUGUUAAAGCUGACGAUGCUGUAUCCAUACAAACACGGGCAUUGGAACUAGUUGAUCGAAUUCUACAGCACCAAACUGUGGUGGAGUGGAGCAUCUUUCGCUAUGACGUCUCCACAAUACCCCGAGAGGUGGCUCUAAUUAAGGAAACUAUUUUAUGUCUUAACGACAGAACUUUUACAGUUCGCCGCAAAGCCUCCCAAGUUCUUAUCUCGGCGCUGAAGUACGGCUCUGCAAUGACUGCGAAAAUACUUGAUGAGAGCAUACGUUUUGUGCAGUACAACGAUGAGGAUGUGGAGGCUCCACAAGAACCAAAGGCGCAGCAACAUGAGCUACGUUUUGAAAAACCCGGAAUUUAUCAGUAUGCCUUUAGUUUCGAAGGCCACGAUAUGUUGGAGGAGGAAGUUAAGAACUUGCCGCAAAUCAUUUACGAGCGCUUCUUAAACUCUGAUAACGGUCUAGCCCGUACAUCGGGAAUAACACUGCUGGAACGUUUAAUAUUAAUUAAUCCGCUGAUUAUUUACAACACUAAUUUUGUGCGUGAAAUGUCUAUGCUGGCCGUAGAUCGACUGGCCUCAGUGAGAAAAGCAGCGCUGGAGUGCAUCGAAACCUUAUUGCAGGCCUAUUGCAAUUGUUUUGCCUUGAUUUGCGUUUAUUGCCGAAUUUGGGCAUGCCUGCUCAGUGAUGAGGAUGUAGCGCUCCAGAAAUUGGCUAUGCAGAGUUUCAAUCAAAUAGUCUUAAAGAAUAUUCAGCCGCUGGAAAACUCAAACGAACCUAAACAUUUCAUGCCAUGGCGUAUUGUAACUACGCUGCUACUGACACAGCCACGCGCAUAUUUGCAGGAAAGAUUUGGCGAAUUGCUCGAUAAGCAAACAAUGGUUACCUCUAAAUUAGUACACGUCAUCAUAUCACAUUUGUCCACACCAACAGCCACGGAGGCUUGGGCACUCCUGUUGCUCCUAUCGAGCCGUAUUACCAACAAUUUGGAUGAACUUAUUACGUAUUUCAAUAGUUUAUCCUCGUAUAAUAUGAAAACCAAUCAGGUGCUGGCCUUGCAACUUAUCAUUUGUUGCUUACCAAAUUUUUCCAAGCCCGCUCUCAACAAUCUCUUCAAGCUGUUGCUGGAACAUUUACGAACGGGCAGUAUAUGGCUAGGUCUCAUAUCAACUGCUGUAAGCCUGCUCAAGCAAAUGCAUCAUUUGUCAAUUAGUCAAUCGCCUUUGCAAAGAAAUGACGACGAAAGUUGGUUAACAAAACUGCUUGAAGAUGUAAAUGACUCGAUUUUAUUCUACUCCGGGAAUUUUCAAAACGAACACACGCGCUUACAAAGCUUACUGGCUACUUACACGGAGAUUGUCGUUAUGCUUCCCCUGCACGUCGAUAUUCGCGUAGUGGGAAUUGUUUUCAAAUACCUGAAUGAAUGCAUCAAGCUCAGCGAAGACAAUUUCGAUAGUGACAAUGAGCGUAUGAUGAACUGGAUGAUUGUAAUAGCUGGUCGUUUGUGUUUGAGAGACGAUAAAAUGGCCAAUGGCUUGGUUGGUAUCUACAGGCAGAUUCUGGACAAUAACGAUCGACCACAAAUUAUUAACACUACGCUUAUAGCCUUCAAUGAUUUGGGAAAGAAGCAUACGACAAUUCUGCAAAAUAAUUUCCAGUGCAUUUUGGGAAAAAUGAAUUCAAAAUUCGCUAUAACACGCGUGAGGACUUUCCGUUGUGUGAAGGACCUCAUCUUGUCUGGUAGUAUUCGACUGAAAGGACCCAUAUUGACAUCGCUGCUGGCAACACUGGCUGACGAGAGUGGCGAAAUGGCACGCGAGGCGGACGCUUUCUUUAUACGAUACCAGCGGCUUUAUAACAAGCUACUCUUCCAACACUGCCUUCGAGAAAGCCCCUUUGACUUCAAUGAUGAAGCCUAUCUAGAGGGUGCGAAACUACAUCCCACAUAUAAGUCUCCAUUAAAAGGGGAAGAGAAGACAAAGAGUAGAAGACUGAUAUACAAUCACAUAAUAUCUACACUGGACGACAAUACUCUUUUGUCGUACUUUGGGCAACUAAAACUGUUGGCUGUAAAAACCAAAGACGUCAACUUUAGAAACUCUCCUAAUGCUCUGGCUGCUGUGAAUGAUAUACUUUUUAUAAUGCGACGGAUCUGUUUCGUAACCAAGGGAAAAAAGCAUCAAACUUCGCGCGGAGAAGCCGGUGAAGACGAUGGUGAAGGCGGUGCAGAGCCAGAUGCUGUUCCUUCAACAAGCACAGCUGCAGAACAACAGGGACGCGGACGCAAAUCCCGCCAGCGUGAGGGCCUGGAAGAUCCGAUCAAGCAAUUGGAAAGCUGCUUGCGUUAUGUGGAGGAAAGUUUCUGCAAUUUAAAUAGUGUCAUGUCGCCAAAACUUCAGCAAUCCUACAAUAAGUUAUGCAAGGCCCUGAACAUGCGCUUUCCCAAUCUCGUACAGUUUGCACAGCCGGCACAAUUUUGGGACAAAUAUCGCAAUGCGAAGACGUCAAAAUCGAAACGGAAACGACGUCGAGUCAGUGAGGAUGACGAGGAAGGAGAUGAGCCGCAAUCGGAAGAGGAUGAUAUUGAUUCGGAUAAUGAAUUGCCGCUGGAAAGGCACAAAUCGAAAUUAGAACAACGCUUGCACCGGAAAAACAGCUGUGAUAAAAUAGUGACUGAGAUGAUUUUUCAACCGCCCGAUUGGUAGAUCAAACAAGAUAGAGUGUACUUCCUACCCUCUACGCACAAAUAGCAAUAUAUAUGCGUCUUGUUAUAUAUAUGGGCGCAUAGCCGAAGUUUGUUUCGCUAAUUUUUCUUAGAAUUAACCGAAUUGAAGGAAUUUUUAAAACAGAAGUAGAAACUUCUAUAUAAUUAACGGUUGCGAAGAUUUGCUUCUGUAGCUUUGGAAUUGUGGACAAUAAUGACAAAACUGUGUAGUGGAAAAAUAAAAUAACUUGUAUUGGCUAGGGAUUAGGAGAGUCUACAUACGAAGAAUGAUCAGUAUGGGAUCAUCCGAAAUGCAGGCGUUCUUCCACACAGACAGACGGACGGGCACAUCUCGAUUUUUCUCGUCGUACUGAUUAAUAAUAUAUGUAUGUACUUUAUGAGGUCGGAGCUGGUUCCUUCUUCCUGUUACAUACUUAGCACAAACCGAAUAUUCAUCCUUCGGGUACAGUGUCCAAAAACGUAUUCAUAUACGUGACUAGCUAAUAAUGAGAUCUCAAUGCAUACACAUAUUAUGUAUCAGACAUUGGCUUUUAUUUCUAUAUAUAUAUACAUAAAAAUAUAUGUAUAAACUCUAUUUUUUAUUAGAUUAAUUUAUAUCUCAAAUAUUUAGAAUGCAACGCGACUGUGAAUAGGAAUAAUUAAAAUUUGUUAUCACAUCCAAUUAUAUUGCAGAAAAGGUGAAACAUAGGGUAG